AUGAGAGACAGACCAAGAAAAAUGAGCCUAAUGGAUAUCACCAAAAUGUUCUCCAUGCUCCAGCCCCGCGAAGAUGAAGGUGACAACGGCGAAAGCGAGGAGCUGAACCGAGCAGUAUCCGAGGAUGAUUACCAAACCCUAGAUAACCUCUUGUCUCAAGACAGGUACAAGAGGUUCAUCAACCGCAGGAGCGGCUGGGGCGUCCCCAGCACCCCGCUGCGCCUGGCUGCCACGUGGGGCCGCGUCAGGAGCGUGAAGGUCCUCUUGGCCCACGGGGCGGAGGUGGACAGCCUGGACGUGAAGGCUCAAACCCCACUCUUCAUGGCGGUCAGCAAUGGCCACCGCGAAUGCGUGAAGGUCCUCCUGGACGCAGGGGCCAGUCCUGCCGGCAGCAUCUACAACAACUGCUCGCCACUGCUCAUCGCCGCGAGGGAUGGGGAUGUGGACAUCGUGCGGCAGCUCCUGGACCACGGCGCAGAAACCAACAUUCAAGCGCGCUUGCCUGAGUGGGCUGCCAACUCGGCGACUUGUUCUGGUCCCCUCUACCUCGCUGCCGUGUACGGGCACCUGGAGUGCUUUAAGACGCUGUUGCUUUAUGGUGCUGAUCCCGACUACAACUGCACCGAGGAGAGGGUGAUUGCCCAGGUCAAGGAGCCCAAGACUCUGCUGGAAACCUGCCUGAGGCACGGCUGCAGGAGCGAGUUCAUCAAGCUGCUCAUUAACUUUGGAGCCAACGUGUACUUGCCCAACGUCAAGGUAGAUGAGACGGGACCUCGCAGCGAGGGCCUGGAGCUGCUGCUACAGGCGAGAGCUCAUCCCAAGUCCUUGAUGUCUCAGUCCAGGCUGGUGCUGAGACACCUCCUGAAGCAGGCUGGCCGCCUGCACGCCCUCGGCGAGCUGGAGAUCCCCACGGUUCUGGCAAACUACCUCCAACACCAGCCAUGA